CCUUGCUCUGGCUGCUGGUGGGCAUGUCUGUGUCUGGAGUAGAGGCUACUACAUUAUCAAAGCAUGUAACUGAAGAAUGGCAGUAUGACUGCCCACCGUGUUCUCUCUACCCUUAAGAAGCAAUGAAUAACUCUUCUAAAUUAUGCCGGAAGACUUCUUUUCCAAGAGGCAAUAUAUUCUGCAACCUCAUUGACAAGAUAGUUAAGAGGCCCUCUUUGCAGUUUCUGGGUCAGUGGGGGUACCACUGCUAUGAACCCAGGAUUUACAGAACGCUGGCAAAAAUUCUGAGGUAUGUUGACUUGGAUGGCUUUGACAUACUCCUCACUGACUAUAUUGCUUUUGUGGAAAAGUCGGGACACCGUUUCGAACUCAAUUUUAACCUCGAGUUUACUGAAAUAUGUGUGAAUACCAUUCUGUAUUGGGUUUUUGCCAGAAAAGGUAACCCUGACUUUGUGGAACUGCUUCUCAAGAAGACGAAGGACUAUGUCCAAGACAGAAGCUGCAGCCUAGCACUCAUAUGGAGAACCUUCACACCCGUGUACUGCCCCAGUCCCCUGAGUGGCAUCACACCUCUACUCUAUGUGGCUCAGACAAGACAGUCAAAUAUCUUAAAAAUUCUCCUGCAGUAUGGAAUCCUAGAAAGAGAAAAAAACCCUAUCAACAUUGUCCUGACAAUACUACUUUACCCCUCGAGAGUGAGAAUAAUGGUUGAUCACGAGUUGAUUGACAUUCAAGAAGAUGCCAAGACGUGUUUAACGUUAUGUUCCAGAGUGCUUUCUGUAAUCUCAGUCAGGGAGAUAGAGAGUCCAUUUUAGCUUUCCAGAUGACUCCUGCAUGUGGCGGUGGCGGUAGUGCCUCUAGAAAGGAUGACAAGGCAGAAGAUGAUCCAUCUGAACUGAAGAGCUUACCUGUCCACAGUUUAAAUUUUGUUUAGUGCCUUUCCACAGAUCACUAGGAAAAUAAAAUCGGAAUAAAAUGCCUGUAAAGUAAGAAGGGCUUAGAUAAAGGUUCUAAGGGUUAUACAAACUCAGAAUCUCCUUUCUGAAUUUGAAUAAAAUAUAAAACAAAAGUG